AUGACAGGCCUGCACGGUUUUGAAGGAGAGAACUAUUAUAUCCCCAUGCACAACCGCACAGGGCUCGUACGGGAUCCUUUUGUGUAUGAGCAGUAUUAUUUAGCAGAUCCAUGGCAGUAUAAACUGCUGGCUGUCUACAUGGUUUUUCUGAUAAUGUUGGGUUUUCCUAUUAAUGGUUUGACCCUGUUGGUCACCGCACAGCACAAAAAGCUCCGACAGCCUCUUAACUACAUUUUGGUGAACCUGGCUGUUGCUGGUAUGGUCAUGGUAAUCUUUGGAUUCACCAUCACCAUGAGUUCGGCAGUCAAUGGCUACUUUUACUUUGGGCCUACUGCUUGUGCCGUUGAGGGUUUUAUGGCAACAUUGGGAGGUCAAGUAGCUCUUUGGUCACUGGUGGUGCUGGCCAUUGAGAGAUACAUUGUAGUCUGCAAGCCAUUGGGAAGCUUUAAAUUCUCUUCUACCCACGCCGUAGCAGGAAUUGCUUUUACCUGGUUCAUGGCGGCAACGUGUGCUAUCCCCCCUCUAGUAGGCUGGUCCAGGUACAUCCCUGAAGGUCUGCAGUGCUCGUGUGGACCAGACUACUACACCCUUAACCCCAAAUACAACAAUGAGUCCUACGUUGUUUACAUGUUCGUUUGUCACUUCAUCAUUCCUGUUGUCGUCAUCUUCUUCACUUAUGGACGCCUUGUGUGCACAGUCAAAGCAGCUGCAGCUGCUCAGCAGGAAUCAGCCUCUACUCAGAAGGCUGAGAAAGAAGUCACACGUAUGGUCAUCCUGAUGGUAUUGGGCUUCCUGGUGGCAUGGGUUCCCUAUGCCAGUGUUACUGCCUGGAUCUUCUUAAAUAAGGGAAGCGCAUUCAGUGCACAGUUCAUGGCUGUUCCUGCCUUCUUCUCCAAAACCUCGAGUAUCUACAACCCCAUCAUAUAUGUGCUCCUCAACAAACAGUUCCGUAACUGCAUGCUGACAACUCUGUUCUGUGGCAAGAAUCCUUUGGGAGAUGACGAGUCUUCAUCAGUGUCCACCAGCAAGACAGAAGUGUCCAGUGUGUCUCCAGCAUAG